AUGUCUUAAAAGCCUAAAUUACCUUCAAGCCGAAAAGUGUAUCCAGUAACAAACUCAGGAGAAGCGUCCCCAACUUAAACCUAAUAUAUUGAAUCUUCUAAAACAAUAGCAUAAGAUAAAUAAUAAAAAAAGAAUGAUGACAUUAAAUUGAUAACAGAUGAAUAUGUAACCAUCUCAUUUAAGUCAAGCCACCUGUUACAUAGGAGAUAAUUAAAUUAAAGGAGAAAUUGCAAUUGGUUGAUAAAAUUUCCCUCUCCUUUAAGGAGAUUGAGAAGGAGGAUGUGUAUUUUUAUGGAGAUGUGAUCUUCAAUAUGAAAUGUGGCUUUGGUAAAUAGUUCAAUAAGAAUAACUUGACCUACUAUUAAGGAGAGUUUAUGAUGGAUUUGUUUCAUGGCAAAGGUACGUUAAUUUAUCAAGAUGGCACAAUAAAAGUAAUGAAUAAUAUUUUAAAGUUAGUAAGGCGUAUUUUUUCAGGGAAGAUUGGUUGAAGACGUAUUUCCUUUCUUAUAACCUUCUUAUGAUUUGAAAUUGGAUAGUUUUCAGAAUUUUCCAAAUGGUGCAAACUUUACUGGUUUACUUGAUGGAAAUGGUAAGAAAAGUGGUGUUGGGAAAUACAUUUGGAAGGAUGGCUCGACUUAUUUUGGAGAAUUUUCUGAUGACAGUUUUAAUGGUUAUGGAUAAAUGACAUUUGCAAAUGGAAAUACUUAUUUGGGGGAAUGGAGGUAAGGAUAGAUGGAUGGUAUUGGUCAUUUCAUAUGGAAAACUAAUCAUGAGGAAUAUAUAGGGUAAUACAAAAGAAAUAAAAAAAAUGGGUUUGGAAAGAAUAAAUUCUCUGAUGGAAGAAAAUACAUUGGUUACUUUCGAGACGGAUAGUUUGAUGGAUAAGCUAUCCUAUAGAAAAAGAAUCAUUUGGAUAAAAUCUCAUUUUGGUAAAAUGGAAAUCAAAUUGUCGAGCCAACUUAAUAUACAUGCGAAGACAAUUUUUGA